UAAAAACGAGCCCCACACCACUCUUUUUUUUCUUGUUCUUCUAAUGCUAAUCUUUUUGUUGAAUUUAUUACAAAAAAUAUUGUCUAAAGUCUAGGCAAGGAAAUAAGAUACUAUUGCUCACUCCUUUCUGGCUAAUAAAUUGAAGCAGCGACUUUACUUCUCUCUCUCUCUCUUUCUCUCUGACUCUGAAAAAGAUGAAGUGGAGAAGUUAAUGUUCACCAACUUAAUACUGCAAAGUCGAAAUCUUUCUUUCUUCUUCUUUGCCUUCUUUCAAGUGCUUUCCCUCUCUCAUUCUCCUUCUUCCUCCUCUGUUUCUUUGUUGUUCUAAACUUAAAAAAAGAUUGAAGUUGCAAGUAACAGAGGAGCUGUCUCAGAUCUGGUUCUAAAGCGAGAGAAAGAGAUUUUGAGUUGAGGAAAAAUGAGUAAAGAAGAGUUCAUGAAGAUCCAGACUUGUGUUCUUAAAGUGAACAUACACUGUGAUGGCUGUAAGCAGAAAGUCAAGAAAAUCUUGCAGAAAAUCGAAGGUGUUUUCACGACCAAGAUUGACUCAGAGCAAGGGAAAGUGACUGUCUCUGGGAGCGUAGAUCCUUCAGUUCUCAUCAAGAAGCUCGCCAAAUCUGGUAAACAUGCUGAAAUCUGGGGAGCUCCAAAGGGUAACAACAAUCCCAAUCAGUCCCAAAUGGCCAAUCAGUUUAAGGGAAUGCAGAUUGACCAUGGAAAAGCCGGAGGCGGUGGUGGCGGAAACAAUAAUAACAACAAGAAAGGCCAGAAAAACGGCGGAGGAGGUGGCGGCGGUGGAGGUGGAGGUAACAGUAAUGCGCCAAAGAUGGGCCAGCAACUGAAUCCACAACAUUUGCAGCAGCUUCAACAGCUUCAGAAGAUGAAAGGGUUUCAAGAUCUGAAGCUUCCUCCUCAGUUAAAAGGCUCUGUUCCUGUCAACAAGAACCAAAACCAGAAAGGAGUCAAGUUUGAUGUCCCUGAAGAUGAUGAUGAUGAUGAUUUCAGUGACGAAUUCGAUGAUGAAUUUACUGAUGAUGAUGACGACGAGUUUGAUGAUGAGUUUGACGAUCUCCCUCUUCCGUCUAAUAAGAUGAAGCCCAACAUGACGAUGAUGCCUAAUGCUCAACAGAUGAUGAUGAACGCUCAGAAGAAUGCCAAUCUUGCCGGUGGUCCUGCUAAAAACGGCGGUAAAGGCGCUCCCGCUGCUGGCGGCGGCGGUGCCGGUGGUGGAAAGGGUGCUGGCGGCGGUGCUAAGGGUGGUCCUGGGAAUCAAAACCAAGGUGGAGGCAAGAACGGCGGUGGUGGACAUCCACAAGAUGGUAAAAACGGCGGUGGAGGCGGUGGUCCCAACGCCGGAAAAAAGGGUAACGGCGGAGGUGGGCCCAUGGCUGGAGGAGUUUCGGGAGGUUUCCGACCCAUGGGAGGUGGAGGACCACAGAAUAUGAGCAUGCCAAUGGGUGGUCAAAUGGGUAUGGGUGGUCCGAUGGGGAAUAUGCCGGCGGUUCAGGGGUUACCAGCGACCGGUCCAGGCGGUGCACCACAGGGUUAUUUCCAAGGGGCCGGGAUAGAUCCUAUGCAAAUGCAGCAACAGCAACAACAACAGCAAUAUUUAGCGGCGGUUAUGAACCAGCAACGAGCUAUGGGGAACGAACGGUUCCAACCAAUGAUGUACGCAAGGCCACCACCGGCAGUUAACUAUAUGCCGCCAAACCCGCACCAAUAUCCGAAUCCGCAUCCGUAUCCGUAUCCGUACCCGUAUCCAUAUCCUCCACCUUAUGGGAAUGAUCAAUACUCUCAUGCCUUUAGCGACGAGAACACAUCAAGCUGCGAUAUUAUGUGAGAUGGUUAAAAAUCAAAAUAAAACUUUUAUAGUUUGUGUGUAUUUGAAUCCUAAGUUGGGGUUUUUUUCGAUGGAUCGAAAUGCUAAGUUGUUGUAGGUUUUUUUUUUUCACUUUGUGAUAGCUUCGGUAAUUUAAUAGAAUAAUAUAAAAUUUGAAAAGAGUGUAGUAAUUUUUUUUUUUUUCUCAUCACAUGUGACUAAUUAUUAUAUGCUAAUUUUCCUAUAAAUUAAUUCUGAAUA